AUAGGAAUUUAAUUAGUGUAAAUUAGCUUCACAUGAGCUGCUCAGAGAGUGUGUGAAUGAUGGGUGGGCUUUGUGAUCGUCCACUGAAGGUAUUUUCUCCCACCAACCCGCUGAGGUGGGAAUGCAAACGGGGAUGACUGAGGAGAGGACGGUAGCACCCCCCCACCCCCUCCUCCACAGCUCACAUGACUGCGAUUAGAGCAGAGGAGGAGUGUGGUGGGACAGAGAGAGGGAGAGAUGGUGAGCACCAUGAAUGACAUUUUGUCUGAUUUCGGCGCACAGAUCACAUCCAAGGAUUUCAACUUGUCUUUGACUGCUGGCUGAGGGUCGUCCACAUUUCUGGGUUGCAGGUAUGAGGGUGCUACACUGGUGCAUGCUGGGAGUGACCUUCCUGCUGCUGGUGUGCGAGGUCACCAUCAGUCAACUGUGCAAGUCCCUCAUCACCUUAGUGGAUGGUUUCCACACGCUCUUCAUCCUCAUGCGUAUGGCUCUUCCUCCUCCUCAAACGGCAAGCAUGAAAAGAACUCCGCUCUUCUCUUUGGACUCCUCUACAUCUCCUCCACAUAAUUCCUCCUCCACCCUGCCAGCAGAGUCCUCCGUCGAAUCUCAACCUGGGACCCAGGCUGACGGGUCUCCAGACUGCGGCGUGGCCUUUACCAGCAGCAGGAUUCAGCCUGUAGGGGCUUUCAUUUCUGCUCUCCUCCUGACCUUUCUGUGUCUCUCUUACUUUAUGGAAAUCGUCAGCUUUUCCCUGGAGCCACACCCAGUGCAGCGCCCCCUGCUGCUCAUGGUGGUCGGCGCCAUCAGUCUGCUCCAUAAGAUGCUGGUGGUCUGGCUGAACUGGGAUCGGCUGCAGGAUGAGAGGGCCGGGGCCGACAGGCAGCCAAAGACCGAAUCUCACCUUGAAGUAAACCGCAAAGUCUUGGCUGCAGAGGAAACCAAAGGCCAAGCUGAGCCGGGGCGAGUCCUGGGUGACGUUGGCCACGUCCAAUCUGCCGUGGACGGCUCGCUCCACAAUGGGGCGCUUGUCUUCUGUAACCCGGGGACCUCCAGCGUCCCUGACACUGACUCUCAAAAUGCACAGCAACAGCCAGAAGUCCACUUGCAUGCAGCAGCUCAGCAGGACAGCAGGGACUGUGACGCAGCCAGCGGCGCUACAGAUUUGAAGGUUUGCAAUUGGGAGAGUUAUUCAGAAGACAUCACAGAGUUUUCGAAAGACCACGCCUGCAUGGGACAUCUUGACGGUCAAAAUGCAUCUAAUACCCCAGCCUGCAAGUCAUCACUUCACAUUGAGAGGACUGUACCAAGCAGCCAUUGGCCAGUCAGUCUCCUGUCGUUCGUCCUCGUCAUUCAGGGUAUUUGUACCUCCCUUCUGGCUCUGGUCAACAGCCUGGUGAUGCUGCUGAUCGGUCCACAGUGCCUGCACAGCUCUGGAGCCUGUGGUCUCUUGAUUUACCUGGAUGCUGGCCUCUCCCUGCUGGCUCUGAUUACGCUGAUUGCCACCGCUGCACCACAGGUGCUCAGGUAUGGCAUGCUACUGCUACAGUGCACACCUCCACACAUUUGUGUGUCUGAUCUUGGACGGAGGAUUACGAGCGUCCCUGGGGUGCAGGCUGUGCACGACCUCCACGUCUGGCAGUUAACUGAAUCAUUCACGGUGGCCUCGGUCCAUGUACACUGCCAUGCUGGGUUUCCAGUGCACAGGUGUGCUGAUCUGAUGUCCGGGGUCAGUAAGGUGCUGCAGAGUGUAGGAGUGAGCUGCUGCACUGUUCAGCCAGAGUUUGCCUCCUGCUCUGGAUCCUCUGCAGGCAGUGAGGGGGACGCCUCCCCCGUCGUCCACAGAGAGGACCCCUCCCUGCCUCCUCUUCUGACCUGCAGCCUCGCCUGUGGAAAGGCCUGCGCUGGGAAUAUGUGUUGCUCUCCCGUGGUGGAGGAGACCAGGAGCCUUCUGGCACCACCAGCUGGGGAAACAAAGGAAGAGCCUCAGACACUGGUCAUCGAGAACACCUUCCUCUGACUGAAACAAACUGCACUGGAGGAAAAUAAAUGAACAUAUGUAAAGAUGAUGGGGAAAAUUAACAGAUUUGAAAGUGCUCUCCUAAAACACUGUUUGUACGUUACAUAAAAUGUUCUGUUAGUUUUAUGACAUGGUGCUGCACCAAAGAUUUUUAUUACAACAUCAAGUGAGGCAUUUCUUCUUGCGUUGCUUCAUUUGUACCUGGAUGGAACCUCUGUAUUCUCUUCCAUGUAUGUAUAAAACAAAUAACAAUACUAAAGUGUGUCUCUUAUCAUUUUAAGAUAAUAUAAAAUUGAUUCCAGUGUCACAGCAGCAAAACAAAGUAGAAGAACAAAUGCAUGGGUGUUUCUGCAACUACGGGCAAUUUUAAGUCCCAGCAAUGAAAUUUGGGAUUUUUGUUAAAAAUUUGCAGUGCAAUGCUUGA